CCGGCCAUGCAGCUGGAGACGCAGGACGCGCUGUACGUGGCGCUGGAACUGGCUAUCGCCGCGCUGUCGGUUGCGGGCAAUGUGCUGGUGUGCGCCGCGGUGGGCACGUCGAGCGCGCUGCAGACGCCCACCAACUACUUCCUGGUGUCCCUGGCAGCGGCGGACGUGGCCGUGGGGCUGUUCGCCAUCCCCUUUGCCAUCACCAUCAGCCUGGGCUUCUGCACGGACUUCCACAGCUGCCUCUUCCUCGCCUGCUUCGUGCUCGUGCUCACUCAGAGCUCCAUCUUCAGCCUCCUGGCCGUGGCCGUCGACAGGUACCUGGCCAUCCUUGUCCCGCUCAGGUAUAAGAGUUUGGUCACUGGGACCCGAGCCAGAGGAGUCAUUGCCGUCCUCUGGGUCCUCGCUUUUGGCAUUGGACUGACUCCAUUCCUGGGGUGGAACAGCAAGGACAGUGCCACUGCCAACUGCACGGAGCAGCGGGAUGGAACCACAAACGAAAGCUGCUGCCUCGUCAAGUGUCUCUUUGAAAACGUGGUCCCCAUGAGCUACAUGGUCUAUUUCAACUUCUUUGGGUGCGUCCUGCCCCCGCUGCUCAUCAUGCUGGCCAUCUACAUCAAGAUCUUCCUGGUGGCCUGCAGGCAGCUCCAGCGCACCGAGCUCAUGGACCACUCGAGGACCACCCUUCAGCGGGAGAUCCAUGCGGCCAAGUCGCUGGCCAUGAUCGUGGGGAUCUUUGCCCUGUGCUGGCUGCCGGUCCAUGCCAUCAACUGCGUCACUCUUUUUCAGCCGGCUCAGGCCAAGGAUAAGCCCAAGUGGGCCAUGAACACGGCCAUUCUCCUGUCCCACGCCAAUUCAGUCGUCAACCCCAUCGUGUACGCCUACCGGAACCGAGACUUCCGGGAAACUUUUCACAAAAUCAUCUCCAGGUAUGUUCUCUGCCAGACAGAUAUCAAGAGUGGGAAUGGGCAGAGCGGAGCCCAGCCUGUUCUCAGCAUGGGCCUAUGACCCAGGCUCCAGCCUCUUGGAGAAGGCACAGACUCACAGCAAACAAAAGGACGGGACACGACUGGCUGAUCUCCUUGGGAGGGGACAGCCACACCUCACGAGUGUCUUCCUGGAGUUCCACAUACCCACCUAGGACGAGCGUGCUGUUAGCGGGCUCCAAGGGUGGACACGUCCAAGAAUAUUUAUGCUUGUAUUUGGCUGCUCUUGUCGUGGCUGAUACCAUUGACUUGGAGAGUCUAAAAGAUUGCUCUAUAUUUGUAAGCAUCUGCCUCCUUUGUGGUAGAAAAUGACAAACUGUUUUUACUGUGAAACACUGUGAACUCCUAUACUGCAAAUGUUUUUUAACUUAGAGAAUGGAAAAAGAAGAGUUUGGUGGUACUAAAAAUGUAUACCUGUUCCUGGGAAGACAACCAGGAAAAUUAAAAGUUUAAUUCUUCAACCAGGAAACCACUGUGUUGAUUUGGGGAAAUGAUAGGCUCGUAAAAUCUUAAGCGGAAUUAUCAUCAGGGAGCGAUUUUAAGUGCUAAUCUCUUCCGAAUACAGAAAACUACCCCAGAAGAAGAGUCUGGAGCGAUGGGCUCCUUCCCCUACUGGCUUCCCUCUUCUUGGGUGGGGCUAGGUGGUGAAAUUUGCUUUUCUCCCAAGUUCAAGUUUGGCCAAGCUGCUGGAACCCACAGUGUGAAAAUCUUACUUAGUAAAA